AUGGAGAAGGCGCUAGGGGGAGAGAAACGGGUGAGCCGGUUGAAGCACUACUCCUCUGAUCAGAAGAUACUGAUCGUUGGCGAUGGCGAUGGCGACUUCUCCUUCUCGCUGGCGCUGGCCAUGGCGUUCGGCUCCGGCACAAACCUCCUCGCCACAUCGCUCGACACCUAUGUUGCUCUGACGAUCAAGUACAGAAACGCAGAGUCAAAUAUAAUGGAGCUGAAAAGACUGGGGGGCACGGUUUUACAAGGCGUCGAUGUAAAAACAAUGAAGUUUCACACUGAACUGAAGAACAGACGGUUUGAUCGAAUUGUCUUCAAUUUCCCUCAUUCAGGGUUCAAAGGACGAGAGACCGAGCUACACGUGAUCAAUUCACACAAGGAACUGGUGGCUGGCUUCUUCAGCAACGAGUGCCACCUACUUCGGCACUGCGGUGAAAUCCACGUCAGCCACAAGACAGGACACCCAUACGACAGAUGGGAUCUUGAGCACCUAGCUUCCCAGUCUUCUCUUGUUCUGAUUGAGAAAGUUGGUUUCCACAAGGAAGACUAUCCCGGAUACAACCAAAAGAGAGGCGAUGGUAUAAAGUGUGACGAACCAUUCAACCUAGAUCCUUGCUGCACGUUCAAGUUCAAAAUCUCAGAAGCAGGGAGUGGCCUCACAGGAAGUAGGACGAUGAAGCAAAUAGAGGAACUUGACCUCUGUAAACUCUCUAUAUAA